GUUAGCGCAAUCAAGUAAUCACCGCUCGCCGCAAUUAGCGUAUUCAAUAAAUUGCAUUGCAGUAGAUGGUCGAAAUUUUGUGCGGUUGCAGAGUGUGAAGGAAUUUCAGUUUUCCUCAUUUUUAUUGCUUAAAGUGAAAACCUAAGUUUAAUUGCUUUCAUAAAUAAACAAAUCGUCUAAGGCCAGCACUAAAUCAAGAACUCAAAGUGAAAUCUUCAGUGUAUUUAGUAACUGUAUUCGGUGAAAAUUUGCCCAAAUUUUAUCUAUUGCGUUGUGAUGUAAUCGCGUGUGACUUCGUUCAGCCCACAUUUAUUGGAUCUAGCAAAUGUUUCUUCAAGUGUUACUUCAUUUGAUUGUUUUAUUGUUUCGAAUUUAGUAUAAAGUGGUUAUAACAGAUUAAAGGGGUAAUGGACCGCCAAACCUUUGAAAUACAAUGGAUACAAGAUGACCAGGAUGAUCUUAAAACAUCCAACGGUCAACUGCUUGUAAAACCACAAAUAUCGUCUGAAGAUGAGCUUCUCGCCAACGAUGCAGCUGGUGCGGGUAGAGGGACAUACCACUUGGUUUCUGGUCAUGAUGAGGACGACAAUGUACCAAAUGAAGUAGAUAUCGAUCAAAUAGCUGCCGAAAACUUAAUAUUUAUGGCGCGAGAUGGCCAAAUGGUAACAGAGAUAAUUGACGCCACUGCAGCUGAUAAUGGUACCGUUGUGGUCGCGACUUCAGAUGAAAUUGAUUGUUCAGAAGUAUUACAACACGCUGGAAAUGGAUUUAUGGAUAGUUUUGUCGAUACUACACCGCAAAUGGUAACAGAAGAAGUAAUAACGGACGAUUGGGUGCAACAUCAAGGCGAAGAGCGCGUGGAAAUACCAGCGGACCAAAUAAUUUGCUCAGGUUCACAAGUUUUACUGGAUAUGGAGGUGCCAUUACCGACUGUUCAAGAUGAGUACACUGCCCUACGUCCAUACCCAUGUGAUUUUUGCAGCCGCCGAUUUCGUAAGAAGACAAGUUUGAUGAAUCAUAUAGUUGCACAUCAGAACGAUCGACCACAUUUGUGUAAACUGUGUGGCUCCCGUUUUUUCCGUCGUUCAGAUCUAAUAAAUCACCUUAAAGCACAUGCAGAUGCACCAGAUCCUGAAUUAGAAACAGAAUAUAUGAACUUUGUGGAGCAGGAACAACAGCAACUGCAAAUGCGACAACCUAACGAUCAUUAUUAUGAGCAAGAUUGGACCACACACAUAAAUUCCUUGCAACGUGGAGAGAAAUCUAGUCGAAAACCGCAUAAUGUUAGCGGGAACAGUUCAUCUACCUCAACAUCCACGACAAUAGGUCGUGGCCGUAUUAGUCGAAUUAAACCAAAAGAAGAAAGUUAUGGUUUAAAUGAGCCACAUGAAAACGACACAGUAGGGUUGGCAAAUUUAGAAAAUCAGUCGAGUGCUUUUGAAGACUGUCAACAAUUACAGGCCUCCACCGCAGUUGUGAAAUUUACACAAAAUCAAUCACCAGCGCAUCAAAAGAGUUUUCCCGUUAUCGAUGAAAGUAAACCAUUUGUUUGCCAGCAAUGUGGAUUGGCAUUUGCUCGAGAGAAGGCAAUGUUAGCCCAUACAAAGAAUCAUAGUGAAGAUCACCCGCAUGAGUGUAGCCAAUGCAACGAGAUGUUCUGGGAUGCAGCUGGUCUACAGGAACAUCUGAAAACUCAUCAAUUUGAAGAUAGUAAUUCGGAGUAUGACCCCGAUGAAGCGGAAGCUGAAGAAACACAAAGUGAAUCUGAAUCGGAACGCUUGUAUGGGGAGUUUUACUGCAGCGAAUGUGGUAUGUCAUUUCACAGAGAAGAUUUGCUACGCAGACACGCCAAAAUACACACAAAAACGACUGCCGAAUGUGGUAUCGAUAAUGAUAAGGAUCGCCAUUGUUGCAACACAUGUGGCGAAACUUUUGCCGAGGCCUUAGAUUUACUAGCGCACGCCGAAAUACAUGCGCGUUAUCCACCAUAUAAGUGUGUUCUUUGUGGCGAGACCUUUUUCGAAGAGUUGACGAUCAAACGUCAUCUGCAGUCAUUGCAUCCACAUGAUAUGACGCCGAACUCAUGUAUACUCUGUGGCAAAGAAUGCCGCGAUCGUAAAGCUUUAAUAAAACAUGCCUGGGAUCAUUCACGCGAAAAAUGCCACUCGUGCUCAAAAUGUGGCAAGAACUUUCACAACAAGGCACGUCUGAAACGGCAUAUGGCGUCACAUCGCGAUAAGUCGGUAAUUUGCGACGUAUGUCAAGAAGAAUUCCCUGAUGGCCGUACACUCUCCAACCAUCGACACUCGCAUACUAAUGCUUCAGGUAAACUAUUUCCCUGUAAUGAAUGCGGAAAAACGUUCGGUUCGCGCAGUUCGCAACAAAUACAUGUGCGCAUACACACCGGUGAGCGACCUUAUGGUUGCCGCUUUUGUUGGAAGGCGUUUGCUGAUGGCGGCACAUUGCGUAAACACGAACGUAUACACACGGGCGAAAAACCUUACGCUUGUUCGGUGUGCUCACGUGCAUUCAACCAACGUGUUGUGCUGCGCGAACAUAUACGAUCUCAUCACUCUGGAUUGGAUGCAAAGCGUAAUACAUACUACUGCAGCGUGUGUUCGAUGGAAAUGUCGUCAUCUGGCGAUCUCGUGCAACAUCUGAUACAACACAGUGAUAUGAACACUGCCAUGCAGAGGCAACCAAUUACUGGUCCUCGUAAGUACAAGAGGCGGCGAAAGUUGAAACCGCAUGAAAUCGCAAGGCUGCGCAGGGAAAGCCAACAAAAUGGCAAUGGAAGUGAUAUCGAAAUAUCAGACUUCGAUAUGGAUAAUGUGGAUGACCUCUUAGGCAUUGCAGAUCCUAUGCCGGUCUCCAAAUCUUCAAAAGCCAAACGUAGCAAAGUCAAAGACAGCAUCAAUAAUAAUUCCUUGAUGAAAGAAGGCGUAGACGGUGUUAUAUUGCCAGAUAAUGAUAUGCUUGUCGAACAGUCGAGGAAACCGCGUUAUAAAUAUUCGGGUAGUAACUCGGAUACCUUAUGGCAGACAAAGCUCAUCAAUUCCAAUUCGUUACUAUCGAAUUUAGAGAAUACUUUGCAAAGUAUCGACACACUCGUGGUAGGCUCUACGGCCAGCGGUGCCACACACUUAGAUGCAGAAGAACGCAAACCGCGGUUCAAAUCGGACAAUGAUAUUAAUACUGGCGGUUCACAGCGCACCCAGGAGGUACAGAUCAGCAAGAACUAUAAUGCGAACAAAGCGCGAAAACGAACCGAAAAAAUAUCGGCCUCGAAGGCGACACGUCCACGCAUGAUUCAUACGGAAAAAAUGUCUUCCACUUACAAUGAAUUUGGCCGAAAGCGUUCGAAAACCGUUAUAACCCAUAAAGAACAAAACGGUUUGGAUUUAUUGCGUCAUACCGGGCGUUCGAUUGUCGACGACUAUGAAAUUCUUUCACCUGCCACUGAAUUGCCCAAACAGAUUAGUUCAAGUCCCCCACGAAUCAAAGAAGAGAUUGGGGAAAAUAAUCACGAUGAAUCAUCACACCAACAACAUAGUUUGCAAUACGAUGUACAUGUCUCAAAUUCCUCAAGAAACGUAGACCUUUAUGACGCACAGUUCCUCGAUGGCGCUUCAUCGCUGCGCAAAGAAGCCUAUGAAAAAUUCAACCCUAGUAUAGUUAACGAUCUCGAAGAGAUUUUGCGUUCUCCUAUGAAAUGUGAUCGUGCUGAGCGCCAUCGCUUUAUAAGCGAGUCUUCCACGCCAUUUCUCGAAGAUGAGCAACAUAAUAUGAUCAAAAUCGAACCAACAUCACCGGAUUUACGUGAAAUCGUUGUUGGUGUCAGUGGCUCUGUCGGUGUGAGUGCAAGUGGUGGCAGCGGCAGCAGCAAUGAACGUCGUUACGCACGCAGUGCACGCAAUCGUAUUGGCACUAUAAAUAGAAAAUAUUUGGAAUUUGAAUCGGAUCUGCAUACCAACGGUUCAGCACGUCAUCAAAAGCGUAGUGCCACAUCUGUCAAUGGCAGCAGUCAUUCAAAAAGUAAGCAAGCUAAGAACAGUCGACGCGAGAAAAAAGAAAGUUCCCUAAUCAACCAAAGAACCACUACAUAUUCUUCCACUUACGGUGGUUCGCUGAGCACCACCAACGAUUCAUCUUUCUCUUCACUCUCGCCAACGGACGGCGUAACUGCGGUGUCAGCCGUACCGACAACCUCGCCGGCAACACCAACACAACCGGAACGCAAAGUGCGCUACUUCGAGUGUGAGAUGUGCUCGGCUGUAUUUCCAGAUCGGGCACAGCUGCUGGAUCACGUGCCUAUACAUAUAUAAAAAGGUUUCAAGCCUUAGCUACAGUGUGAAUAGUAAGUGGACGCGCGAAAUGACUCACUAUAAGCGUUGCGCUCGUGCUAUUUGAAAUAGUAACACACUUCACUCUUUAAAUAUUUAUGAAAUUUAUAUCUACAUAUGUACGUGCACAACACGUUGUGCGUGUGCCUCACUUUUGCAUUCACAAUUGUGCAACAAUUUUAUUUCGUAGUAAACUUUAGUUUUAACAAGUUUUAUCAUUUUAUUCGUUAAUUCGCAAAGUCAUUAAUAAAGAUGAGCAUAGAUUUAGCUACGUUUAA